AUACGAAAUCAAAACUGGAAGCCUGGCAAACGUUGAUAGCUGUUCAUGUGAUUGAUGAAAAUGACAAUGAGCCUCAGUUUGUGAAAUUGAAUUCUGAUGGUAUUUAUGUGUUUUCGGUGGACUGGCAAGCACCUGUACUCACGCCGAUUGCUCGUAUCCAUGCUGAAGAUGCUGACGGGCGUGUACCGUUAACGUAUUCCAUAUCUGAAGCAACGAUUCCAUACGCGAAGCAUUUCAUGUUGAAUCAAACAAGUGGACUAAUAACACUCUCCAAAGCGUUGAUCAACGAUCGUGAAGAUGUGUACGACUUUGAAGUGGUGGUCAGUGAUGGCUUGCACAAUGUUUCGGUCCCAAUUGAGAUCUAUCGUUUAGCUCCCGAAACCAAUAUCGUUCUCUUGUCGGCAGAUGUUCCUCAGCAUGAUAUCGAAGACUGGGUGGUGGAGAGGAAAAUGAGC